CUUCACCAAAAUCAGUGCCAGCUGAAUGUCAGGAAGUUAAUCCUCCUUUCAGAGUUUCAGCACCUGGAGCAGUACCUGGCUGUAGUUCUUCCGGUUGAGCACAACAAUAAAGAGCAAAAAGAGACAAACUGCGCCACUGAGGACGAUCAAAAUGAAUAUUCAGGGACAGGAACAGGUGGAGAAGAGCUACGACCCACUAGAUACCACCCUGAAGUUUGUCAAGAGGAAGGACGACUUGGAUCCAUUGUUUUCAGAUGAAGAUGACGGCUGUCUCAAAGCAGAGAUGUCCUGCGGCCACGCUGUCACUCCUGAUUCUCUAACACAAUGGUGUUGCAGCCAGCUGGAUGAGGGUAACUACAAAUUCAGAUGCCCUGCUGUGGUGGAGGGAACCAAACUAUGCAAUAAAGUGUGGUCGUACCAAGAGGUGCGCAGACUGGCUGAUUUAACUGUUGAGGAAAUUCAAUACUUCGAAGAGAACAUGGCUCGUCUGGCUGCUGCAGAAUACACUGAAAUUCAGCAAUGCCCUCAGUGCAGAACAAGUGUGGAGAGAAAGAAUCUCUCCAACCUGUGUGUCCGGUGCACCAUAUGUACGGCUGACAAGAAGAAGACCUACCAGUUCUGCUGGCAGUGUCUGAAGGAGUGGAAAGGUCCAGCUCCACGCUCUGACCGCUGCAACAACGACGGCUGCAUCAACCACGACCUCGAGCUUCUCAAGAACUGCAAGACCACCGCCCUCCCUCAGGUGCAGGGAGUGGACGCAUGUCCCUCCAUCCGGGCCUGUCCAACCUGUGGUCAGAGGGUGGAGCACGACAGGACAGGCUGUAAGAACGUCAUCUGUCAACGCUGUCAGGUUGAGUUCUGCUUUGUGUGUCUGAAGCUCACUCCUGAGUGCCUGAAGACGAGCUCUCACUUCAGACCCUGUAGCGCCGGUGUGGCCCCCAGACAAACCUCCAUACCUGUGUGGCACAGAAACUAACUUUUUGCAUAUAUUUAUGACUAGCAUCACUUUCUCGCAUCUAUCUUCAUGUUUUUUCUUUGUUUUUCUGAAUCACAACUUGACACAUUUCCAUUAUUAUUACUUACGGUUCUGGUAUUAUAGUGUGCGUGUGGUUUGUCCAAACUUUAGGAUCUGUUGUCCAGUCAGGAAAUGAAUAAAAAGGAAAACUAAACGUCAGAUUUGUCAUCUGUAAUUGUGGAAAUAAUAUUGACUGUUGACCCCGUUGCUACGAACCUGUCUGCAGAACAUUGUAUUCCAUUGUUUUGUAUGAAAUUUAUUACAUAAAUAAAACUAUUACCAGCAUUAUUCUGCUACUGAAAGAAGUUAUGAAAGUUAUAAAGAAGUAAAAGAAGUUAUGUUGUCCUCAGGUUUAUUAUGUAAACUGUUGAAUAGUUUGAAGACCCUGUAGGCCUUCCUACAGCAAAGACUAAUUAUGUGUUAAGUAUAAACACAGGUCACAUAAGUAACAUGUAACAUAUUUCCAUGUUUACUUUUUAUAAGCAGAACAGUCAGGAUCACAUAUUUCGUCGGCUUCAGGCUUCACAUAGUUUAUACAGCAUGUUCUGAAAUACUGUGUAUGAAUAUAUUCUAUGUUUAAGCCCACUGUGAAACUAACUGAGUGCACUAAAUAACACAAUAAUAAAACAACACUGAACAAUGACGACACUGAUAAAGUGAUGAGUCUGGAAAAGUGAUUUAAUAUCCAACAAAGUCACUAAGAUGAACAA